UUCAUUGUGAGCCCAAUCUAGAGUGAAUGGAUUCAUGUGAUGAUAAGAUCUCAGACAUCCCAGCAGCGCGAGUCUGAGCUCUGCCAGCACUCAGGAGCGAGGAAAAGCCUCUUCUUCACACAACUAUCUCAAGAUGAAGAAAUAUGACGUUUGUAGCCCUAUUUGUGCACGGACACGAGGAAAGGUGGGUGUACGCGCACUUGUGCUGUUUGGUUCCACGAUGCUUCGGCUCAGAUGAGCUCACACAGCCGAUGCGCACAUCGUAGGAUCCUACCAAUGUGAGAAGGCGUAGAGCGGAAGCCUCAGUGGGAAGUGUGGAUGCUUUUGUGCAAAGGCUGUUCGAGUUUCUGCAACACAAAGUAAACAGAGAAAAGCGCAAAUGGUUACGCCUCUGAUUGUCUCACGUUGGAGGAGACUCAGUGGAUUUGGAGCGUUUCUGGCUGGGUGGAAAUGUACUCUUUGAAUCGCAGACGGGACUGGGCUUCAACCUGGGCAGCUGAUGAGAAGCAAGACACUUUUGUUCCUUCGUUGUUGUUUUUUUCCUGCACGCUCCUCAUAAAUUGCCAGGAUUUCAUCUAUCAUACUCUGUCCACUUAAAGCAGGCUGCUCAUCUGGAAGGGCGCCAGACCACCAGCCUCUCAAAUCUGCAAGUUCAAUCCGAUAAUUUGUGACUUUGUCUGUCAGCUUUGGAAUAAGAGAAGGGGGACGUGGUAUUCUCCUGGAAUUUGAACGAUCUAUUUCCCUGCCACCCUGAUAAAUAUGCCAUUUGGACAGCUUGGGAUGGUUUGGUCCAGCUUGUGGCUUUUUGAGCUGGAGCAGCGCUGAUGGUGACUGAUUAUUACUGUUGAUUUUGUCCAUGCAAGACUCGGGGUGGAAACAUGUCUGGCCACUUCUUUGAGAGGAUCACUGCUGUCAGAGAUGGCAUUUUGGUCCAGCACUUCGGUCUUCACCUCUAAAGUGCCCCGGAAAAUCUUAUUCAUGUUCACCCUCUCCCUUUCUGUCACCUAUCUGUUCUAUAGCUUGAUGAGCUGCUACAACUCGCUGCGGUUCCCUCUGCAAGAGAACUACGUGUAUCAGGGGAGGCUGGUGACAGAGGAAACAACUUUUGUGACACUGAGGGAGAAACUUUAUUCGGCUUCGCAGGGUUUUACCGAGAGAACGAGCUUGUUCCCCACCGUGAACAGCCACGAUGAGGCCGAACAACGGACGGUGGAGUGGAUUAGGACGCAGGUGUCUCCCACUAAACCGGCGGCGUUGGAUCAUACGCCGGCGCUGGAGAGGGAGCAUCAGGAAAUCAGCACCACGGACAGCGAACUCAGGGUGAACUGCACCUCGGAUUACGGAGAGAAGAAACUUCCACAAGCCAUCAUAAUCGGUGUGAAGAAGGGGGGGACCCGAGCCCUGCUGGAGGCGCUCAGAGUGCACCCGGACGUCAGAGCAGUUGGGAACGAGCCGCACUUCUUCGAUAGGAACUACGAGAAGGGGCUGGACUGGUACAGAGACCUGAUGCCUUCGACGCUGGAGGGGCAGAUCACCAUGGAGAAGACACCCAGCUACUUUGUGACUAACCAUGCCCCGAAGCGCAUCCACUCCAUGGCCAAGGACAUCAAGCUUAUUAUUGUGGUGCGUAAUCCUGUCACUAGAGCCAUUUCAGACUAUACACAGACUUUAUCCAAGAAACCAGAGAUCCCAACCUUUGAGGUUCUGGCUUUUAAGAACCGGACGCUUGGGCUCAUAGAUGCCUCCUGGAGUGCGUUGCGCAUAGGAAUAUACGCUCUUCAUUUGGAGAGCUGGAUGCAGUAUUUCCCUCUCUCCCAAAUGCACUUUGUCAGCGGGGAGCGGCUGAUCGUCGACCCUGCUGGAGAGAUGGCCAAAGUGCAGGACUUCUUGGGGCUGAAGCGCAUCGUCACAGACAAACACUUUUACUUUAAUAAAACUAAAGGAUUCCCAUGCCUGAAGAAGCCAGAGGACAGCAGCACUCCCAGAUGCCUCGGCAAAUCUAAAGGAAGAACUCACCCUAAAAUAGACCCGGAUGUGAUUCGGCGACUGCACAAGUUCUACAAACCCUUUAACAUGAUGUUCUACCAAAUGACUGGGCAGAACUUUGAAUGGGAGCUGGAGGAGGACAGUGAAUCCCGUAGCUCUCAGGACUAGCAUGGCAUCGCUCAGCCACACCACCAGCCUUCUCACUACUGUUGUCCCACUUCAUCUUAAGAGAGAGUGCUUGAGCACGCCAAUCAAUCAUGGCUGUCCUCGCAGUGUCUGUACCCAUUGGCGAGAGUUCACCAAUACGCUUUUUCUCGAUGAUGGCUAAUCAUUAUAGUGUAUAUGAAACAUAAAAUAUAUUUAUAUUUGUGUAAAUGAGAUGAUUUAUUCCUUUGUUUUUCUUUUUAAAGCAUAGAAAAGAACCACGUUGACUUUGGCGAUGCAUGCGAUGAGUUAAGUGUCCUUACCUCAUGAGCCCUUUGGGUAAACUCCGGCUGUUUUUUCUCCCUUUACUUUCCUGCAGUUUGUUGCCCUCACGCCCACUCACCAGCGUCCGGUACAAAAGGAGUAUUGUAUUUCAACGACUGAGGCCAUGAAGUGCUCUGUGUUCCUUCUUUAGACACAGUCCUGCUGCUUUAGAAGACAAAGAAAGGAGAGCGACUAUAAUCCUGUCACAAGCUCAUUUUUGGUUGUCCAUGUUUUGAGUGGAGACAAUCCGUUUAAGUUUACCAAAGUGUUCGUUUACUCUGUUUGCUCAGCACCUAUUAAUUGCACACAUACUCAGAAGGAGACCUAAGGCACAUUGGCCUUCAGUCAACAAUUGGCUUGUUUUGCUGCAAAGUUAAUCAUUAGCAUACUGAUGACCACGCACUCUGACGCGGUGCAGAAUCAGUGGUUUUUGGUUCAACUUCUACUCACGGUUCUGGAAGGUUCUGUUCUCCUCGUGACCCUCUUCUUGUCACAGUAAUACAAGUCAGCGAGGGUGAAGGAAAACAGCGCAGGACCGAGCAGGAAGUUUGUUACCAAACAUCUGCUGCUGCACGGUCCUCUGUCAUUAGAGAUUAAUGGUGUGUUAAAUAAACUGCUGCUGCUGGAACAAAGUCAAUGUCAGAGAGAAUUUGCUGUCAAGGUAAAGCCACACACAUGCCCAGGUAAAUUACCAAGCCAUUACUGUAUGUGUUUAACUUGAAUGUGACCAUUUCCAGCCAGGGGAUUUUGGUUUAUUAGAAAACAGUGUUUUGCUGUAAAAUUCCCACUUACACAAUGAAAUCUCACGAUACAUCUUUUCCCUACUUAAUUAUCUUUUUUUUUUUAUAUAUAUUUUGUUCUGCAUAACCCACUCUGUGUCUGUCUGUUGUCUCUGGACUUUUCAUCAAUUGAGACAAUCAAUAUAGUCAAUGAGUCAAUAAAUACAGUCUGCUUCACAUCA